UAAAUUUUUUAUUACUUAUUUUAAUAACUUCACUUGUUUAAUGUUAAAUAUGGAAAACUAUAAUGCAGAUAAAUUAUUUUAUAUUGUAAAUUUAAAUGUCAACUCUGUCGUACAGAGCGGAAUAGAAGAGAUUGAAAAACUUGCUGGCAAAUUAAAUUCAAAUGAAAAUUAUAAAUUUCUACGUUAUGUCAAAUCAUUUAUCGAUUAUGGAUUAUCAAGACUCGGAUUGUCCGUUACUGAUGAUAGAACACGACAAUCACAUUACUGUAAAUUAUGGCAUCAUGUCAAUAAAUUACAAGACAAGUACAAAUCGCUGUCAGAUAAAUUAUUUUACCAACGUAAACUUCAUCGAGAAGUCGAAUCGAAAUUAAUGAGCGAGUACUUGAAGAAUAUUAAGACAUUAAAAGAAUUCAAUGAUAAAUAUAUAAAUGACGCAGAAUUAAUAUCAAAUAAAUAUGAACGUUUGCAAGUUAAUGAAUAUCAACAAUCUUUAGCAAGACAAAAUGAUUUAAAUCAAAUUUGUGGAUUUACUAAAAAUAAAACCGAUGCUUUGAUGGCGACAAAUAAAAAAUUAGAGAUGGAUAUUUAUUCUAAAAGAAUAAAAGUAAUAUCACAAUUAACGUCGUUGCUUCAUCGCUAUGACACUGAAAUUGGUGAUAAAAAAUGUCACUUAGAAAAAUUAAAAGCAGAACGUUGUGAUUUGGAAGAAAAUCUCAAACAAACUGAAGAAAUAAUUAAUAAGCAAUCAAUUAUAUAUGAAGAAUAUAUGAACGAACGUCAUAAAAGUGACAUCGAUCGAUUGGAGUCAUUCAGAAAAAAUCGCGCUGCCAAAAAAAUUCAACUCUGGUGGCGUUUUAUUCUCACGGUUAAAAAGAAAAAGACAAAAACUAAGGGGCAAAAGAAAAAGAAGAAGAAGAUAAAGAAGAGACGUCGAAUUUUACCUUAA